AUGACGGAACGCUUCAAUCGCACCCUUGCCGACAUGCUUGCGACGUACGCGUCGGACGAUCAUACCGACUGGGACCGAGUGCUCCCUUUCGUCACAUACGCUUAUACCUCUGCGGCCCAAACUACCACCGGCUUCUCUCCCUUCUUUCUCCUGUAUGGACGUGAACCUUCAUGCUCCAUGGACACCAUUCUGCCCUACCAACCGGACAUUUCUGAAGCCAAACCCAUCUCUGAAGCUGCUGCUUACGCAGAAGAAUGCCGUCAACUGGCUCGUUCGUUUACUGCGCAAGACAAGUGUCGCCAGAAAUCACGCCAUGACCCUGCUGCGUCUAGUGCCCAUUACUCACCGGGAGAGCUGGUUUGGCUCUGGGUCCCGUCGACACCUCCAGGUCUCUCCACCAAACUCUUCUCAAGGUACCAAGGCCCUUACCGCAUCCUGGAGCAGACAUCUCCCGCGAACUACGUCGUCGAGCCGGUCGACCCAUCGGCCGAUAAUCGCUUCCGCGGCCGCGAAACAAUUCACGUAGCGCGGCUUAAACCCUGCUACGACCCGCCUGUAGCGUCUUUUCCUUAG